GGCCCAAAGGCCCCAAAAAGAACAGUCGAUUCAGUCCUGGUCCAAAGCCCCAAAGAGAACGUUGAGUAGCGUAGUUUCCUCUUCAACAAACGUGGCACUACAUCACCCAAUCGAUUUCGACGCAUCAGAAGGAGUGUGCCCUCCACAAGUUUCACCUUGAUAUAGAUCCCCACCAACUCACCCUCUCCACCAGAAACGGAAGUGAGAGACAGGGAUUUUCACAAUGGCAUCGGUGAGCAUGGUGGGAGCUGGGUUCUCAUACAGCGCAAGACCAUCGCCGUCAAUGGAGGCACUGAAGAGUGGCAGAGGAGGAAGAAGCUUCGGCACCCAAUUCCCCAUCUCUUCCUCUGGUGCAGCGAGGAGAGCUGUGGUGGUGAGGGCAGAGACUAUAAACCCAGAGAUUAGGAAAAUUGAAGAGAAAGUCGUUGACUCUGUUCUUGUCGCUGAGCUUGCCAAACCCGUCACUGCUUACUGCAGGUGUUGGAGGUCGGGGACUUUCCCACUCUGUGAUGGAAGCCAUGUGAAGCACAACAAAGCUACUGGAGAUAACGUUGGGCCUUUGCUUUUGAAAAAGUAGUAAUCUUUUCAUCUCAUUCAUUUCUCGGCAUGCUAGACUUGAAAACUGAAACUUCGGAGUUUAUCUAAUGAAUGAUGUUUCGAUGCAA